AUUUGUAAAUUAACUAAAAAAAAUGUGAAAUAUGUGUAUAAGUAUAAUAAAUAACAAAAGCUAUCUCGUGUUGGAGAAAAAUUGCAGGUGUUCAUAUAGCUUUACAUAGUUUAUCAAAGAAGUACAACACACUGCAGUGGUGGACUUUAGAAUCAAUAACUCUUUUAUUGAACCUUAUUUUUUGGCAACAUGCAAGUGAGCUAUUAUCCAUAUAACUCGAAGAACUAAUAAAUAUUUGUUGGAUUCGGGUUGUCUAUCAUAAUGCUCUUCACGCCAAUUUAUAUUGCUAUGACUUUUAUAAAAACUUGGAGAAUUCGCUCAUUCAGAGCUCGUCUACUGGAAUUCUUGAGUGGAAACACUAGCGUUGCAUUUUGUAAAGUGCCUGAAAAUGCGGCAGAAACUCCAACACUCAGUUCAAAACUCUGCACCAAUCCUAAAAAUGCAUAUCUUUGUGACCUUCUUGAUUACACAAAUAAAACACGAAUAUGCAGUAUGAAACCAACACAGUGCAUUGAAAUCAGUGAUUGGGUAACUUGUUCUGGAGGUAUGCCACUUGGAUCCAGUGAUCAGUCUCCAGUGACUGAUUUAGAUGUUGACAUCCUUUUUGAAUGUGAAAUGGAUCCUCAUGAAGAUAGCAGUCCAAAUGUUACAACUUUAGAGUCAAUGGGACAACCUAUUGCUUGGAAGGCAGGAUCUCAUCUGGCCAUAGUCCUUAAAACUAACAUUGAGCAUCUCUCUGUGAUUGGAUUUCAAUUUGUUGGUGGAGAAUUUGUGAUAGAUCAUAACUUGCCAGUUGUUAGGAUACAAACCGUGCAAAUAUCUGGAGACCCUAACAAAGCUGUAGAUACAUCAAUGAGAAGCUUAAGAACUGACAUUCAGAACAAUCUUAAGAAUCCCUUAGAGUUUCAGUGGUCGGUCCAUGCAGCAUUACUAAGGAAACUAUCAAAAGUUGUUGACAUAAAGUCUGAAGUUAGAUCCACCACAGCUCAAAUGAAUGGGAGUUAUGAUUCACUGCAAGAAACCACAUCACUCAGUAGAAGAAGUGUCACUUUGGCCGAUGUCAGUGUCAACACUGGCAGGUCACUUUCCGCUGAAGAUGAAACUGACGGAGAUAUAGUAGGAAAAAGUUCUCAUGUCAUUCAAAGUGAAGAAAAACCUUUAGAGCAAAUAGAGACUAUACAAGUAGACACAAAAACAGAUGACAAAGAUGUGGUUCUGGAGAAUGUAACUGUUGAGAUUCAACAUAAUAUUACUCCAAAGAAGUCCAGCUUAAAACUAGACCUCAAGAAAGGAACAAGCCAACUAUCCACAUCGUUACUAAACAUAUCAAGUCAAAUCAAAUCAGUGACAACUCAUAAAAGGAUAGUCAGUACUACUGGACCAAGAAAAGUAAUUCCUUUAGAAUCUACUUCAAAAGUUAAAGAUGAACAUAAACCUAGCUCAUCACAGCAGAGUACUCCGAAGUCUGCAAAAACUUCCCGUCCAUUAGUAAAUACUAAGUCACCAAAUGUAUUGGUUUAUUCUGAUAGUUUAGUUGCUAGAGAUAAUUUAGAAGCGUCAUUGAAAAAAGUUUUGGACUGCGAUAGGUACACGGUGCAGAGCGUGUCCCGGGCGGCGCUGGAGGCGGGCGCGUGGCGGGGGCGCGCGGCGCUGGUGGCGGUGGCGGGGUGCGCGGGGCGGGGCGCGGCGCUGCUGCUGGCGCACCUGCUCGACGGCGGCAGACUGCUCGCGCUCUGCUCAGACCUGCUGCACUCAGUACUUCCCUACUACAAGACUGCCGAGGUACGAGAAAACGAAAUAGUUCAGUUCACAUACGACAAAUGGAAGUCCGUCAAAAUGAAACAUCAUAUAUUCUGUUACCAAGCCUCGCCUGCAAAGAAACAGUUCUCCACAGAAAGUGAUAGACAAGCAAGUCAGGAAAAUAAUAUGACUCGGCCUUCUAAAUAUACCGGCCACCCUGGACACGAGUUGGACAUACAAGUGUUAGCGUCGGAAGAGACUUGGCGCACACCGUCAUUGCUACAGGCCACCGAUUUGACUAACAGUGGAAUUGCUAUAUUUUCACAGAUUCAUUUAGAAGCGGAUCCAAGCGACUAUUUGGGCGAAGAAGCAGCCGAAAGUAACGUAGCUCGUUUGGGGAUAUUGCACAAGAUAUGCGGAGAGAUUCUAGGUUUGCACGUAAGAGAUCCGGCGGAAUUCAAACAAGUCGAAUACACCAGAGGAUUUUUCCUCGGGAAUCAUGUUCACAAGUUGUCGCAAGUGGAGCGCUGGUGUCCGGCGGUGGACGGCGGCGCCCGCGUUCAGCAGUUGGGGGAUCUCGAGGUGCAGUGGUGCUUGAGAGGGGAAGCGCCCAGGGAGCCCCCCUCGGAAAAUUUCUUGCCAGUCCACGUCUACGAAUGUCCCGACAACUUCUCCACCGUCGAGUACUUUGAU